GUUCGGGAUGACUGUUCUAUAAACUCCAAGUGCACUAAACACUCCCGAUGCGUUCGGGUAUGGUCAUUUUAUGCUAAAAGAGUAACUCCAUUUGCGUUCGGCUAGGACGCGUGGGAGUCAAAAGAGCUGACUCCGAAAGCACCACCUUUUCAAUAGCAAGCGCCAGAGCGGGCAUGCGCAGUGUUUUUGUUUUCGUGAUAUCUAACCCCAAACCGGCCAAAGGAAACCCCAUUUUUUUAUAUACGUUUUUCGACUACACUUGUCUAGUUUGGAUGUUUUGAAAUUUCGAACUAUUUGAACCAGAAGCGCUUAUUUUUGUAAUUAGCCAGGCUAUUGGAAAGUUUUUUAAACGCAUCGGAAGUAGCAAGAAUGGCCAUGGACAUAUCUGAACAAACCUAUGUGGUUGUAGUUGACGAAGAAGGAAGACCAAUAAUUACAGCAGAAAACAAUAUUUUACUCUGUGAUAAGGCUACCCAGGGACUUUCAUCAAUACCAUUUACCCAAGAAAACGAACCUUCAACUUCAAGUGCUGCUGAAACCCCAAUCACUGAAACCAAUGAAGAAAAUUCCAAGAUUUGGAACACAGAAAAUACAUUAUAUCUGAUCGACACGGUUCAAAAAUUUGACAAGCAAUUUUCAUCUGGAGUCAAAAAAAAUGUUUGGCUCAAAGUAGCAGAAUGCUGUAAGCAUCUGCACAAAACUUUAAAUGCAAAACAUUGUGAGACAAAGUGGAAAUCCCUAAUCCGCACUUAUAAAAAUAUUUUAUUGAGCAAUAAUACCUCUGGACAAAAAAAGAGGUAUUGGGAGUUCUUUGAUGUAAUGCAUGCUAUAAUGUUCAAGAAACCUGAAAUUACACCUGUUGCUACCUGUAGUAGCUUACGUGGACUACGUGUUCCCGAUCCUGAAGAGAAAAGCAAACAAAAUGAAAGUAAAAACCAAAUUAAUGUAGAGGAAAACAACGAAAUUGACAACAGCAAAAGUGAAAUUGAUGAGGAAAGUGGAAAAGAGAAUUUUGAAAGCGAAUUUUCAAAGAAACGAAAGCGAAAAAAUUCAGAAGUUGAAAAAAGACACAGAGACAAGAUGCAGAGAUUGGAUAGAUUUAAUGAAUUAUUUGAAAAAAUGAUUGAUAAGCUCCCUGAAAAAUAA